AUGACAACAGAUCAAGUUAUAUUGUGGAGCCCAUAUUCGAGGAUCACUGGAACUGAUGUGGCUUGGGCUACUCAAUGCAAUACAGAUCAUGUUCUGUUUGAAAGACUUUUGUCUAUACGGCACUAUUGGCUGUGUUAUUUUAACACAAAAUCUUAUAAUCUUUUACUGUCGUGGUCUGAAGUUCGCAAGUCUGGAAUUGCGUUUUGGUUACGUCAACCGGAUAAUUUAACAUUUUUGGUGGAAGAACAUUUAUCGAAAUCUUCUUAUCAGCUUAACACAAGUUUAGAUGAAGCAUCGCUUUGGUAUAUAGUGUCUGGAAAGAUCUCGUUACUCCGUCUUUUACAUAACGCUCAAAAACCAAUUAAUCAUCAAAUAGUCAAUUUUUUAAUGCAAGACUUUCAAAGCCCAAAAUGGAGAGCGGCAGCUAGUAAAAAUGCGUAUAGUUUACUACAAAAACGUCGUUAUCAAUUAGCCGUUGGAUUUUUUAUUUUGUCACAAGAAUAUCAAGAAGCGUUAAACCGCGUUUUCAACAUGAUCGCGCUUUUGAAUCCUGCCUUUUAUGGCUUUCAGAGCAUUACGAAGCAUCUUUUAUUGCAACAGCACCUUGGUGUUUUCGUCCAGAAAAAAUUGAUAUGA